CUCCUUCAUUCUCAGCGUCGAUAUUUCAUCGCCAUCGCCCUGAAAGUGCGUCUCCUGUCGAUUCUGGUGAUUCUACGUGGCUGUGAGGCUCGGUGAGAGCAACGAUAUCCAUCAUCAUGGCGAUACGCGAGGAAAUCGUGGCGUCUGCAGCACAAUUUCUACAAGACCCCAGUGUUGCAACGUCGUCCGUCGAAAACAAAAUCUCGUUUCUUCGAACCAAGAAUCUGACACAGGAGGAGAUUGAUGCCGCCAUUGCGAGAGCGGGAGGCGGCAGCGGCGCGGUAGCUCCUAGGGCUCCCUAUGCUGGCGCGCCCCAGGGUCCUCCUCAGGGCCCUCCUCAGCAGUAUUACCAAUCUUACCCCCAGUAUGCGUGGCAGCCGCCUGCGUCGACACAACGGGAUUGGAGAGAUUGGUUCAUCAUGGCAACCGUGGUGGGCGGAGUCAGUUAUGGGCUAUACUCCUUGGGCAAGCGUUAUGUAUACCCCCUCGUAGCGCCGCCUACCCCUGAAAAGUUGGAGCAGGACAAGAAGUCGAUCGAGGAGCAGUUCGACAAGGCCUUCUCUUUGGUUGAGCAACUCUCCAAGGACACAGAGGCACUGAAGGAUGCCGAGAAGCAGCGGACGGAAAGACUGGACAUUACGCUGGCAGAGCUGGACACCAUCAUGACGGAGCUGAAAUCAGCAAACAAACGCCGGGAGGACGACGCGCAGCGCAUCCGCGACGAAGUGCAGAGCCUCAAGGACGCCAUCCCAAGGGCCAUGAACAAUCAAAAGGAACUCACCGACAACCGACUUGCCGAAAUCAACACGGAGCUUGCCAGCCUCAAGACUCUCGUGUCACAGAGGAUGAAUGCCAACUCAAAUAACUCUGUCUCAAGCAGCUACUUCCGAGGCAACAAUGGAAUCAACGGUAUCAACGGAUCGAAUGGCGUCAACGGAACCAGCGGAACGGCUUCACCCACGACAGCACCCGGCCAAUCAGUAACCCCCCCGCCUGUUGAGAGCGCCACGGAAGCGACUGGCACGCCCAAGGCUGAUGCCUCCAAGGGCCCUGUUCAGAACAAAUUCAACAGAGCCUCUGGCAUGUCCAUUGGCUCCGGGGCCAAGGCGUCGAUCCCAGCCUGGCAGAUGGCCAUGGCUAACCAGAAUGCCGCAUCUGCUGGCUCGUCGUCGGGCAAGGAAGCCGAGAAGGCCACCACUGAGACAGCAGCAGCCGGCAGCUCGUAAAUAAUUGCUUGCUUGAGUUUCGCCAUGCAUUGUACGAUUUCGAUCAAAUUGUGGUUAUUGUUGCGCUACGUACGUACGGAUAAAGGGACAAUGCAGACACCAAUUGGAUAACGGCCGGAGCGUUGGGUUGCUCUAUCAAGUUUUUAUGUAUUUAAUAUCAAAUGGACCACAUACAGUUUCAUUUAUUUUAUUUUAUUUUUUCGUCGGUUGGGUUGCAUAUUACUAUUAGAAGAAGAAGACAAAGAAGAAGAAGAAGAAGAAGAAGUCAUCGUCG